AUGGAACAAACAGAUAAUAAUACAUCAUUAUCAUUAUCUUGUUUAAUACAAACAACUAGUAUUCUAUUACCAUGGGUAAUACAAUCAGAGAUUAUUUAUAUAUUAUGUACACAAAGAAAGAAUCAAGAUUGUAAAGAGAUAAGACCAAAAGAUGUAUUUGGUGUGGCAGGUGUAUCGAGAAAGUGGAGACAAGCAACUAAAGCAUCACUGACUUUAAAUUUGCGUAUCAAUAUAAGUAGACAAUUACUUGAAGAUUAUCGUCAACACUAUGACAAUAGUCUCAGUCUACUAUCAGGACCUAAUCACCACAUUGAAAUUGUAAUCGACUUUGGUACUGGUUCUUCAGAAGACAAUUUGGCAUACGCUGGUAUCAAUAUAGAUUGGUUCAACGAUACUAUCAUAAACAAGAUGUCACAUUUAAAAAUAGUGUAUACAGCUCCAAAGUGGAUCAAGCUCAUCAAAGAACAUAGGUCAUCAAUCGUCGUCAGUGGUGGUGGUGAUGGUGCUACUCUACUACCACCAUGCUUUAAUAAGAUGUCUGUUCAAUUUGUUGAUUUACAUUCACUCUUUAUGUUUAAUCAUUUAAAAGAGUUGGAUAUUAAUUUCACUUUAAAUAUAUCGACCGAGAUAUGCAGUAUCUUGACCAAUUGUAACACUCUAGAGUCACUCACCAUGAAACUCGAGGUCAGUCCCAACAUAAACAUGAAUCAAGUGUUUUCGAGCAUACCUCACAGUGUCACCAGAUUGUAUUGGAAAAGCCAGCCUCAGACCAACUCGCACAACAAAGCGACCAACCCUCCACCAUUCCAUCUUUUACCUCCAGGUAUACGUCAUCUCUUGAUUGAAGAUCAUAUUCAAAGAUGUAGUCAAUCAUACUGUGACUAUGUUAGAGCCAACUCGGUUAGUACAGUUGUCCAUACCGAUCAUCCAACCUAUUAUGACACCACCAACUUUUUAAUAUCAUUGUCGUCACCUGUCAAACACAUCUAUUUCCAGUCAUCUGGAUUCACAGUUCAGAAAGAAAGUGCAAUUGUCCCAGAAACAUUGGAAGAGUUGGAUCUUCAGUUUAUAUACAUCGAUCGCCAAAAGGCGACAGAUUUACUAGAAACAAUAUUCAAGUAUCCAUUACCAAAGCUACAUACAUUUCGCAUUGAAGGUGCUGUUAGAGGUAUCGAACAAUUUCCCGACUUUCUUGUUAGAUUUAUUGAAUCGAGUCAGUCUCUUAGGAUCAUCGAUUUCGCACAUUCAUUCUUUUGGAUAGAUAAUCUAAAUCGUUUAGAUUUAUUCCUACGUUCAAUAGCCGAUAGUCCAUCCAUUGAAAAGGUUUACCUUCGACAUACUCCUGGUGCCUUCCGACAAUACCCAAAUCAAUUUCUGUUUGACACUAUCAAUCAACAUUUACAAACUAUCAAUAAUAAUAAUAACAAUAACAAUCCAUUACUUUUAAUACUACAUGAUAAAAAUACUAUAAUAAUCAUUAAUACAAAUAAUUGUAAUAAUAAUAAUGAUUUAUCUUGUUAUCAAUAA